CUAAUAAACGUCAGUUGAGCUUCGUCCAUCGAUCUGCUUUCCUAUGAUAUACUCUCUCCGCAUGUGCCAAUGACUAGUUCUUGGUACGUCCCUGAAUUCAGCCUCCGGCAAAAUUCAAAGAACGGUAGGCCGGUUAAAAUGAUGGGGGCAAACUGUCGUUCUCCAACUACAUCAUUAUCAAAACCUCGAGUUGCUUCAUGAUUCUCAGCCUUGAAUUUCAUUUGCCUCGUUGGUCACCGCUUCUUGACGUUGUGAUCUGCCCCUGUUCUCGCCUGCCUUGACUUCCCACAAACAUCUUGGAUUGCACUUGCCGACCCCAAAAAGAGUCAUGUCGUCAGAAUCCAACUUCUCCUUCCUACCACAGGGAGCCAUCAUCCAAGAAUUCAAAGUCGCUGGCCAUAACAUCGUCUUGGGCUAUCCCCACCCAGAACCGUAUGCGACAUCGCCAUUCUUUGGAGAAACGAUUGGUCGGAUUGCGAACCGUAUUGGCAAUUCUGAAUUUGAGCUUAACGGCAAAACUUACAAGUUGCAUGCCAAUGAGGGCACAUCUCAUCUCCACGGCGGAAAGCAGGGCUGGGGUAAGAAGCAUUUCGACGGCCCGAAACCCGUCAAUCGACACGGCAAGGAGAGUGUGCUCUUCACCUAUACAUCACCCGAUGGCGACGAAGGAUACCCUGGUACCGUGGAACUGAAAGUCUGGUAUACUGCUGGGACCGAAUCAGAGGAUGGUGUAUCGAAAACUGUUCUCCAGACAGAGUAUGAAGUAGAACUGGUUGGUUCGGAAUGUGAAGAGACGAUCGUCAAUGUCACCAACCAUGGGUACUUCAACAUCGGCGAUGGCCCUACCAUUGAAGGUACGGAAGUGACGCUACACACUUCGAAGUACUUGGUCGUGGAUGAUAAGAACAUCCCCACUGGUAAAAUUGAAGAUUUUCCGGGUGUGCAGGCAGGGAAGAUGUUUGUCCUUGGUCCUGUAGAGCCUGAUAUCGACCACUGCUUCGUGGUGGACACCGACACCAAGGAUCUUCCCCUGGAUACUCGGGAACGUCCAUUGAAACCUCUGAUCAGUGUUGCGCACCCCAACACCAACUUACAUCUCGACAUCCUCUCGACAGAGCCAUCCUUUCAGUUCUACACCGGCAAACAUAUCAAUACCACAGCCACUGCGGGCACACCUGCACGAGGAUCGCGGGCGGGCUUCUGCUGUGAAGCCGCGCGAUUCAUUGGCGCUGUGAAUGUGCCUGAGUGGAGGAAUCAGGUCAUACUGAAACGUGGUCAAGUUUGGGGCGCCAAAACCGUCCACAAGGCUUGGAAAGCAUAGUCAGACGACGCAGCUGGAUAGACGGAGACCAUGUCGGCUCGGUACAUGAGUGCUUCGCCCACCCUAGUGUUCUUGGUCUUCACUUCGUCGCGCGU